AGAUCAAUUGUGACGCCAAGCCCAAUCGCCUCUUGCAUUGUCGGGUCCGAAAGCUUUUCUUGUUCGAUGCACUAAUUCUUUGAUUGAGGACUCGGAAUCUCUUGCCAAGUGACACGCCGACUACAUUUUACUACGUUCAAUCUCCACCAGUCCUCAAACCACCAUGGCCGGAGGAGCAGCAAAAUACAGGCACUUGAGCCGCAAGUCUUCGCACCGUCAGGCUCUCUUACGAAACCUUGUUACAUCUCUCUUCGAACACGAGACCAUCUCGACGACAUGGCCCAAAGCCAAGGAAGCCCAGCGGCUCGCCGACAAGUUGAUUACCAUGGGAAAGAAGAACACUGAGGCAUCGAGACGGAAUGCGACAAGUAUUUUCUAUAAACCCGUCGAAUUGAUUCCUAAACUCUUUGGUCCUCUCCGCGAACGAUAUGCCAACCGUGACGGAGGAUACACACGCGUACUCCGUAUUGAGCCCCUGAAGGACGACCAAGCGCCCUCUGCUAUUCUGGAGCUCGUCGACGGACCAAAGGACAUGCGAUUUGCCAUGACGGCGAAGACCCUGGCGCGGGUACGGGCUGAUAAUAAAGAAGUCAAUGAAAUCACGGCGACGAAUAUCAGAAAGGUGACGAGAUUCCGGAAGAACGGUGAGGAGGCGCUAGAGAAGAUGGUCCGCAAGUUUGAGCAGAUGGGUGUCAACAAGGAGAAGCCUUAGGGUGCUCAAUCAACACACAGGAGGACAGGGAGAAAGAUUUAAAUCUUAUUUUCGAUGCUCUGGUGAGAACUGACGCAGUCACAUCAGUUCCAGUUCUCGCCUUGAUUGUGUAAAGUUUAUUCGUUUCCGUCUCAGCAUCUGGAGUUAUGGGCAUAUGAAGAUUUCUAUGUAUAUUAUUUAUUGAACAGUUGACCAGAAAAUGAUUCUAUUUUCACGGAGCAGUUCUUGAUAAGAGAGCAGUAUAAGAGGUACAAACGUGGAUAUCACCCGA